AUGCUGGGCGCGCGGCUGCUGGCGUGCUGCCUGCUGCUCGGCGGCCGCGGCCUGGCGCGGGAGCCCGCCGCCCUCAGCCGCGACGAGCUGCCCUCCCUGCGGAAUAAAGGGAUAUUUAUUAUCCAAAGUGAAGACUCCAACCUGUGCAUUAAAGCAGAUACAGCUGGCCUUGUUCUAGAAGACUGCAAUCAACUCUCAAAAUAUAUGCUAUGGAAAUGGGUGUCUAAUCGUCGCCUUUUCAACAUAGGCAGAAGUACUUGUCUAGGACUGAACAUCAAUAGACCGGAACAGCCGUUAAGUAUGCUCGAAUGUGAUUCAACUCAGUAUUCAUUAUGGUGGAACUGCGAUGGAAGAGCGCUAGUUGGCGUAUCAGAGUACAAAUUAGCUGUUGAAAACAGCAAACACAUUGUGGCAAAAAAAAAGUCAAAUCAUCAAUGGAAGCAGUACAUGUCCUAUGAUGAAGACCUUUGUGAACAUCCAUUUCAAGAAACAUACACCUUGCUGGGAAAUUCUUUUGGUUUCCCAUGCGUUUUUCCAUUUAAGUACAACAACAAGUGGUAUUAUGAAUGUACAAGAGAUGGAAAGGAAUUUAACUGGUGUGCCACAACAAGUCACUAUGAACAGGAUGAAAAAUGGGGGUUUUGCCCAAAUGCCGAGAGUGGCUGUGACGUUUUUUGGAAGAAGAACCCUGACACACACAUUUGCUACCAGUUCAAUCUUCUGUCUGUUCUCCCCUGGAGCGAAGCACGGAUUGCAUGUCAGAUGCAAGGAGGAGAUCUGCUAAGUAUAGCGGACAUGGAAGAGCAGAACUACAUAAGUGACUUAAGCAGGCAGUUAAAUGCCACAGAUAUUGUGCUGUGGACAGGCCUGAAUCGGCUGGAGGAAGAUGCUGGCUGGCAGUGGUCAGAUGGAGCACCAUUAGUGUUUGUGAACUGGAGAUCAGAUGUCUCUGAUAUCCGCUUUAGAGAAAAUCAUUGCGCAGUGAUUAAUUCAAAAUUGAAAUACGGCUGGCAAAGUUAUUUAUGUGAAUCUGGAUUGCCUUUUGUAUGCAAAAAAUACUUAAAUAAGACAGAGCAUGAAACGUUGGAUACAUGGAAAUACUAUGCUACUCGUUGUGAUGCUGGCUGGUAUCCAUACAAUCGCAACUGCUACAGACUUCGCAAAGAGGAGAAGAGCUGGAGUGAUGCUUGUAUCUCAUGCCAAAAUGACAAUAGCAGACUCAUUAGUAUAUCCUCCAUGGCAGAUGCAGAACUGCUCCUUAACUUGCUUAAACAUGAAAAUGUGACUGAAACAUGGAUUGGGUUGUACAGUAAUAGCACCCCGGUUGUCUUUCAGUGGUCUGACAGCACCCCAGUAAAAUUCUCAAACUGGCACAACCAAGAACCAAAUAUCUUUCAAAGAACAGGACAGCUCUGUGUUUCAGCACAAGGAUCUGAGGGACACUGGAAAGUUAAAAAAUGUGAAGACAGAUCUUUCUAUGUUUGUAAAAAAGCAGGGGAAAUUGAUAAUGCCCCUUCUGAGCUGUCCUCAAAGUGUCCAGAGGGAUGGGAAAGACAUGGUGGAUUUUGUUACAAAAUCGACAGUACCCCUCGAAGUUUUGAACAUGCUUCCAGUGGUUAUUUCUGCCCACCUGCACUUGUAUCAGUAACAAACAGGUUUGAACAAGCUUUUAUCAACAGUAUGAUCCGUAGCAUGGUAAAGUCUGAGAGAACUUAUUUUUGGAUAGGACUGCAAGACCUUAAUAACACAGGAGAGUACUUCUGGCUAACUGUGGAAGGGAAGAACCGCUCCAUGAGCUAUACGAACUGGAACAAGCAUCAGCCACGCCAUUCUGGAGGAUGUGUGGCUAUGCGAGGAGGGAACCCUGUUGGUUAUUGGGAGGUGAAAAGUUGUAAGAACUUCAAAGCAAUGUCACUGUGUAAGCAAAAAAUCUCAUCUUAUGAAGAACCUGAGCUUACUUUUCAAAAACAUUUGAGUUCCUGCUAUUUUGGAUGGGAGUCAGACAAUGGUUUGCUUAGCUGCUACAAGAUAUUUCACAAUGAGAAAGUUCUGAUGAGAAGAACAUGGGAUGAAGCAGAAGCGUUAUGCCAAGAUUUUGGAGCACAUCUUGCAAGUUUUACCCAUAUCUAUGAAGAGGAGUUUUUAAACAAUUUAUUAUAUACAAUUUUUGAUAGGACAGAAGAAAGGCAGUUCUGGAUUGGAUUUAAUAAAAGAAACCCAUUUUCUGAAGGAGCAUGGCAGUGGUCUGACGGAACACCUGUUGUAUCUUCAUUUCUGGAGAGCAAGUAUGCUGAAGAUGAUUCAAGAAACUGUGCUGCGUUCAAAGUAAAUAGAACAGUCUUUUCAGCACACUGCAAUGAAAAGCGUGAAUGGAUAUGCAAAAUACCAAAAGGUGUUAAACCAAAGAAUCCAAGUUGGUACAUAUCUGAAUUGCCAUGGUCAUACUACCAAGGAGCAGAAUAUCUUUUCCAUGUAAAUCCUGCAGACUGGACCAGCUUCGAGUUUAUCUGUGGCUGGCUUCGCAGUGGAAUAGCAACAAUAAAUUCUCCUGGGGAACAAGCCUUUAUUCAAAAUAAAAUUAAGAAGCUAUCGAAUAGUGAUGUUCACUGGUGGAUUGGAUUGCAUGCAGAAAACUUCAGUGAUGAAUUUCGCUGGAGAGAUGAAUCGCCAGUAACAUACCAGAACUGGAAUGAAGGGAGAGAAACUUACCUGCCUAAACCAGAGAAAAGAUGUGGCUUCAUUUCAUCGCAGACAGGACUUUGGGGUGAUGAAAAUUGUACUGUUUCUCUUCCCUGUAUUUGUAAACGUAAAUUUGCCUGGAAAAUAGAGAAAGAGAUUCCAAAAGACCAGAACCAACAAGGACUGUGUCCCAAAGGCUGGUUACACUUUGGAUUCAAAUGCUUUUUGAUACAAAUUCCAAAGGAUCCUGACCACCUGAGAAACUGGUACUCUGCACAAGCAUUCUGCAGUCGAUAUGAUGGGUCACUCGCUUCUCUUGAAGAUGAAAUGGAGCAAGCUUUCAUAACAAUGAAUCUAUUUGGACAGAAGACUAGUGUUUGGAUAGCUUUGCAGAGUGAUGAUUAUGAAAAAUGGCUGAAUGAAAAUUCUCCAGCAUACUCCAACUGGUCUCCAGUUGAAGUGGUACAUAGACAGCGUUAUAACAGUGCCAACACUCAAGAACAAGUUCCACUAUGUACACUGGUAUCAAAUAACCCUAAUUUUUAUUUUACGGGAAAAUGGUACUUAGAAAACUGUCAGAAAAAUUAUGGUUUUAUCUGCCAGAAGACUCAGGACACAUCUAGACAUAUCGUAAAUGCAUCUGAAAUGUACCCUAUGCCAGAUACUUUAGAAUAUGGAAACAAAACUUAUAAACUGCUACGUGGGAAUUUUACGUGGUAUGCAGCUUUAAAAACCUGCAUGGCAAAUGGAGCUGAGUUGGUCAGCAUCACAGACCAGUAUCACCAGGCUUUCCUUAUGGUCAUUGUGAAUCGACUGGGGUACAACCACUGGAUCGGGCUCUUUACCUCAGAUAAUGGGCUUAACUUUGAAUGGUCGGAUGGGACUAAGUCUUUGUUUACCUUCUGGGAAGAUGAUGAGUCCCAGGCGUUUGGCAGCUGUGUUUAUAUUGAUUCUUUGGGGCACUGGAAAAGUGCUAACUGUGAGCGAGUUCUGCAAGGAGCAGUUUGCCAUGUGCCACCUAAAAAGAAACUCACUGACUAUAAAGGCUUAUGUUCAGAAAAAACUGUUCCUUGGAUCAAAUUCAAAAACAAUUGCUACAGCUUUUCCACAGUUCUGCAGGGCACAAGUUUUGAUACAGCAUAUGAAGUUUGCAAGAAUCAAGGAUCUAAUCUUUUAACUAUUCAAGAUGAAGAUGAAAAUGCCUUUAUUCUGGAAGAAUUGCAUAGUUUUGGUUAUUCUGUGCAAAUGGUUUGGCUGAACAUUCUGCUUGUUACAGACAAUGAAACAGUAUCCUGGUUUGAUGGUUCUCCUUUAAAUUACUCCAACUGGGGCAUCAGGGAGCCUGAGUUUGACCAUCUCAAAGGGAAUUUCUGUAUCAGCCUGAGGACCAUGGAUGGAGUAUGGCAAUUAUCUCCAUGCAGAGAGAAAAAGGGAUUUGUAUGUAAAAUGGAUGCAGAUAUUGAUGCAGCAGUUUCCUCUGAAAAAUCUUCACACCGUGGGCUUGCAGCUGUAGCUGUUAUAGUAACAUUGGUGAUGCUGGCUGCCAUUUCCACUUUUUUGUGGUGCCUUUAUAAACAGAAUAAUAGGCUCUUCAGUAGGAUACUGUGGGUCAGAAAUGCCUAUUUUCCACAGAUUAAUGCUGACGUUCCUGCUUUGGAAGAAAGCAUUCUCAUUUCUGAUUUUGAGAGAAACGAGAACAAUUAAUUGUUCAGAAGUACCAGGCAAUCACCUCUUCCAUAUUAAACACCGAACUCUACAGUACAUUUUUUGAGCCAGACACAAUCUAGGAGCAGCUCAUCCUCUCAGGGUUUUGGGUCGCAGGCAAGCUGACAAAGGAAGACAAUGAAAAUGGUUAAAUGCUGCCAAACAGUGGUGAGUGGGGAGAAGUAACAGCCACCUGCUCUUUCCCUCCUAGUGAACUCUGUGCAGCCACAUUUCUGAAACUUUUCAAGGUGCACAGUGGGCAGAGAGGAGCGGAGAACCAGAAGCCUCAAACUAGCACCAUUCCAAGUGUCCUCAGUGGUCGCCAGUCUGCACUGCGCUCUCCAGUGUCCUAGGGAGCGUGUGCUUCCUGGGAAACCUCCACAGGGACUACCAGUGUCUGCUGUGAUGGAAAAAAACAGGAGGUUGCCUAAUUCUUGUUCUGCAGAUGUUGAGCAUGCUGGACUCGAUCCUGUCCUGCCAGAGGUGGAUGGGUCAUCUUGCACUAGUGGCAGUAGUUCAGGCUUAGGCUUGUGGAAACCAGCCUGGACCCUUGUGCUCUGUGGCAGAAUUAAGUGAGGAUGCACUGGGGAGUCAUGGAGAGAUUGGUUUCGCAGGGAAAAGCCAGGAGCUUUGGCUGCUCCAUUGCCGUACAGCCUGGAACUGCUAACAUGAGGCAAUCGUGUCCAAGGCCUCAGGGCAGCUGGCAUUUUCUUCUAACUUUUUCCUUUGGGAAUGUUUGGGCUCUGGUGUUUUGUUUUUACACAUCACAGAAUUUGUUUGUGAGCCAGCAUUUAAAAUUUGGCCAUGAAUUUAGGAACCCUGAAACAUCUCCCAGGGAUUAUGGGAUAGUUUUUUCUUAACACCUACUCCUUCUGUAAGAAGAACAAAGUUAUUUUUCAGACAGUGGAAUAUUGCCAGGUGGUUUUCCAAGCUUGUAGAGAGAUGAAGUCACUUCUGAUUUGGGAGUUCCAGAGUUUACCUAAUUUGGUUCAUUAUCCCUACAUGGUGUUAUAAAAUAAAUUAGUCAAGAGGUAUAAUGGCACAUGGACUUUGUCAUUCCAAAGUUAGUAUAUUCACUGGAGAUGCUUCCAGUGUCCUGUUAAAGAUUCAACUAUGAGAUCUCUUGCCUGGUUUGUUUUCAGAAAUUAAAUCCCAUCAACUACUUCUAAUCUCAGUUUUAGUCUAUAUCUAGUUGAAGAAAAGUAUUAUUUUAAAUGUUGCUGAAGUUGUGGCAAUAAAUUGCUUUAUUGUCCACCUACAAUAUUUCUGCAGGCAGUAUUAAUGUACAUGUACAUUAAGGUACACUUGAGCCCCUGCUUUCAAAAGUUAAGGAAGAUAGGUGGGAGAGCUGCAUUCGCAGUCCCAAAGGGUGGUUAUCUCUCUAGUCAGAGUGCAAUAAUUGAGUUUAACAGAAGACCAAAUGGAAAUUCUUCGCUUUCCAUGGUCGUACUAAGGUGCUAGUGGAGGAGUCUUUCAUCUGAGAAAGAUACUAGAAUAUUUUUUCUGUGAAAUUUCACUGAAAAAUUGUUCUUUAGGCUGAUGGUUGUGAAAGAUCCUGGUUCAGAUCUCUGCAUUACCUCAAUGACAGUGGUCUAGGACAGAAACACUUAUUCUCUGUGUGGGACUCCCACCUCUCUAAGCAGUCCUCCAGCCACGUUCUUGAAAACAUCUGAAAAGUUCUUUGGGAUUCUGAGUUUUUUAUUGCAGCACAGAAAAACAAAGUGUCAUUAAUGAAUACUUACCUCAGAAGGGAAUAAUUAUCCCUUCAGGCAUCUCUAAAAGCUGCUGUGUAGGGCUGUGUUUAUUGCAGGGCUUUCUAUUUGUUUGUUUUAAGAUUGCUCAUUCUUACAACUUUGCAAGAGUGUGAAAAUGAAGGUGCAUUUGUGACAAUUAAGCUAGCAGGCAAGGCCAACUGAAAUUUCUUGUAUAGUAUUUAUACACAGGAAUGUAUGACUUGCUUUUGGUUACAUUUCACAUGACUGUGUAGAUUGGCUAAUUUUAGAAACAUUGGAAAAAUUGCCUUUUCAUGUCAUAAUUAUGCAUAAGAUUAAAUUCUAUUAUUAUUAUUUUUAAGAGUACUUAGUGUAUUUCUGUGCUGGUUUACAGAAGUUAAAAUGUUGUCAAAAAUGGAGAAUUUUGAUCCCAGUAUAAUUUUGAACUUGCUGUUUUCAAUAACUUUCAUGGAUGUAGCUAUUAUAAGUUCUUAAUCUGAUGUCUUCCAUCAUAUAAAAUAUACAUAGCUUUUCUGUAUAUAUUUUCUGUAGUGGUUUGACACCCCCCCCAUACAUUCAUCUCCAGUAAUGUUUUCAAAGUUUGGUCUUAAGCCUCUAGCUUUAUCUGGGGCUAUAUGCAAAGUCCUCUGUUAGACUUUGUGGAUUGUAGCUUUUUAUCAUCAUCAUGAUUUUCAGAUCAUCUGCUGUUUAUAUACAUGAACUGUGAUAGCUUGUCAUCCUCUCUCCUUUCCUCAUGAAGAUUCCCCCUACUUAAACAACAGUUGGAGGAGCUUAAACCAACGUAUUUCCUUUCAUCAAAUCAUCACUGACAAGUGUGAAUGCUGCCUUUUUCAGUAAGUAGAGUGAGUUGCAGGAUGUUUUCUGUUUAAGAGAGUAAACUCUGAGGACAUGUGUUUGUCAGGCUAUGGUGCUGUUACUGAGUUAUGCAUACUUUGUCAGAUUUUCAUUUUGUAAAUGAAGGUGUGUAUUUUUUCACAAAACAUCACAUAGACAUUUUAUCAAUUUCCUUUGAGCUAUAUUACAAUCAUUUUAAUAUAUUUGAAGGGCAUUUAUAUAAAAAGUAAUCCUACCCUUGAAAUAGUGAUUAUUGGCUAACAUUAACUCUGAUGUAAAUGAUAUUAUGUUACGGGAAAAUAGUUGAAGCAGUAUUUUCAUCAGACUUUGCAAUAGUUGGGAGGGAAUAUUUUAAAAUCUUUCAUCACUUAACUUUUAUAAUUGCAGAUAUUACAAGAAUGUAAUCAUUGAUUAUUUUCUAUUCCUUGUUCUGAAUUUUUAUUACCAUUCCUUUCAAUUUCCCUCGCUCACAGGUCUCCUGUCCUAUUCCUAAUCUGAGAAUUUGGUGAAUGUAUUUUCAUACCGACCUUGAUGAUAGUGGCAGUGAGGUUCACUGUAUUAUUUCAACUGGAAAAUUAAAGUGUGGCUAGUAACUUUU